GUUGUUUGCAAAUCACGAUAAAAUCUCCAACAAAGAAGAAGCAGAAAAAGAAAAUCGCUUCCGUACAGUCACAGUUUUUAUCAGCCAGCAGGUUCUGUCACAACAUGGCUAAAUUAAAAGACAAAAGACGAGAGAAAACCAGCGUCGCCUCGGAGAUUGAUCGUCUGGAGGAGAGGAGGGCGCGUUGCCAAGACAACCUGGAGAAGGUUGAGUUCAAAAGCAGGAAGGAGAGGCUCUCUGACCAGGACAGACAGGACCUGGAAGAUGAAAUGACCAUCAUUAAUGAGAGGGUGCUAAAGUUAGACAAGGAGCUGGAGACGUUAAGAGGAGAGAAUCGGAGGAACAUGAUGCUAUCAGUCGCUCUGCUGGUUAUCAGCGCUUUCUUCUACUACGUCUUUUUCUACAAUGAAGAGGACUCAUGAUACCACCUGGUAUCUUAAAGGGACCUAAUGCUCUUUAAAGAACAACAACCUCGGGAAAAUGUUGUCACGAGAUGAUAGGUCAGGAUUGUGUACACAGGGGUUAAAUACAUGAGGAAGAUGAAGAGCUGUGUUGAUGAAAUAUUUCAGUUCUGCCUCUAGAUGGCGUCAUUGUCAUUGUCUUGAUCUCUUCUGGUCAUCAUCAUACUGUUGUUUAUCCUGCAGUCAGAACCUCAUUACAGCUUCUUGGACUAAAUUAACACAUACUAUAUGAGAUAAUAUUAAAGUGAAAUGAGUCAUUUUUGUCUUCUCAUCAGCUUGUAUACAGUCAGUUGUUAUGCGUAUUGCUGUAUAAAUCCCUUACUGUACAUUAUGACAUUCAACUUGAAGAAGAAUUUAUCUAUAUAACAGUUGUCCCCUAUAAAAACAAUUAAAUACAAAGUUUAUAAAGUUUGCCUUAUGCCACAAAUAACACCAAAGUAAUAUUGCUUUUAUACAAUAUAUAUAUAUCAAAGAGAUGCUUCAUCAAAUGGUGCCAAUCAAGUCUGCUCGACUUAUAGCAUAUAAAUAAAUAUGUGUGAUGAUAAUGCAUGGUACAUUUGUGCAAGUUGUACAGCAUGUUUUGUCGUUACAGCAAAUAGAGAACUUGAAGAAUGUAUUUUUUGUUUUGAUACUCAUGCUGGCCAUAAACCCAUCACCUAAUAAAAGCUGAAAGAUGGCAAACAUGUUC